UACUUCCCUACCUCCCUAUAUACCUCCCACCCUUCUCCCUUCUUCUCCACUAGAUUGAGUAAAGGCCUGGCUAACAAGAGCAAGAAUUUCAACCUAUGUCAUCUUCUCUCACCUGGAUCCAUCCAUGUUAUCAAAAUCACACCAAACUUAUCUCUUUCCCUUUGACCAUAUAGGGGGAUGAAGAUCACCGACUUCAAUUUUCCUUCUCCAAGCCAGCUAGCUAGCUUUAGACAAACCCAACCAAACCCACCUGAACAACAGUGCCUAAAGACCACAUACCUCAAAUUAACCUUUAUAAAUAUCCCACCAAAACCCUCCAAAACAUAAAAACACAUAUUGCACUAAACACUCCACAAUCACACACACAUAUCCCAAACUCCCAACCUAAACUCGCAGAAAAAAGAAGGAAGUGCAAUACAAUAUAUUAUAUUACACAUUUUCUCUGCCUUGAACCGAAACAAUAAUUUUUAUUUUUAUUUUUCUUUCAUAGUAAAUAUUCAUCACCAAAAUAAAAACACUUCAACAUGUCCGCCGCCGUGGCUGCCGCCGCCGCCGCCGCCGCCGCCGCGGCGAUGUCGGGGUACGAAUCACAAAAGAGACGAGACUGGAACACCUUUGGGCAAUACCUCAAAAACCACCGUCCACCGUUAACUCUCUCACGUUGCAGCGGUGCACACGUGCUAGAGUUCCUUCGCUACUUGGAUCAGUUCGGGAAAACCAAGGUGCACGCUGAAACCUGCGCGUACUUUGGUAACUCGCACCCACCUGGUCCAUGUCCGUGUCCACUGAAGCAAGCAUGGGGUAGCCUCGACGCGCUCAUAGGUCGGUUGCGUGCGGCGUUUGAAGAGAACGGUGGCACGCCGGAGAUGAACCCUUUUGGCGCACGUGCGGUGAGACUUUACCUUAGGGAAGUGAGGGAUGCUCAAGCCAAGGCUAGAGGAAUAGCUUAUGAGAAGAAGAAACGAAGGAAACCUCAACAUCAUCAACAACAACAAAGUGGGCUUGAUCAUGAUGAGAUGGGUUCAAGAGAUCAUAUGCAUUAUUCAGGGUAUGGUGGUGAUUUUGUUCAUCAUCAUCAGUUGUCCAAUUCAAAUGGGACAGUUCCUAUGGCUGCUGCGGUUUCGUAUUUCUCAUCAUAGUGUGUGUUUAAUUAGUUUAUUAUGAUUAAUGUGUUUGGGUAAUGGUGUAAAAUGAUA